CUCUCGGUAAACCGGCCCGAUUGGUUGUUCUCGACGUCCUUCUCUCCCUUUCUCUGUCUGUCUCUCUUCUCCUCUCUUCUCUCUCACUCUCUCUCUCUCUCUCUCUCUUGCGCGCGCGAGCACACCUCGGAUCUCAUGACUAACGCAACGUUCGAGCGAUAGCAGUGAGAUAAUCUUCCUCGUCGAGUGGCGAGAUUCUACCGCGAUUCAAGUGCGAUCGAUAAGAGUUGGUUUUGACAAGCGCACGGACAAGCCUUCGGGUGAGCAGCAGCCACCCGCCAUAGCUCUCCUUCCAACCCCGGCAUCUCUCUCUCUCGCUGUCUCUCUCGCGCGCGCGCGCGCGUGGAGGAGGAUCGGUGCCUCUCCUGUCUGUGGAUAUUAUUCGAAGGGAACCACAGGGAGCCCUCUCUCGCAAGCACUUGAUUUGGGCAGGAACAAGACAUAGGAUGGACCGAGUCGUGCAAAGAAGUGUCGUUCAACAUUGAAGGGGAGGAGUAUCUCAAAAAAGCGAGAGAAGCAGGAGAGCGUGAAGAAUGCCUGCUUCGUCGCAAGCCGCCGCAGCCGAGCGGCGAAACGAGAAGAUGCAGACGCAUGAACCACCGAAAUUGAAAACUACUUUGAAAACGCCUCCAAAGCAAGCAACCAAUCCUUUACAAUUCGUCAAAGUCGGACCAUGUUCGUUAUAUCGAACCGCGCAAGAGCAACUGCAAAAAGUUCAAGAAGUAAAGAAGAUCAAACAGGAAGUACGCGAUGAUCCCGAAGAUUGGCAAUCGAAUUUAGAUAAUUGGAAGAGUAGCCGGAGGAAGCGGCAGGAACAUAUAAUCGAACGAGUAGUGGAGGUGAAGAAACUCGAGUUGGAAGAACACGAUCGUCAGCGUCGUCGGAACAAAACGUUUUCGGAAAUGAUGGAGGAACGCGGUAACAGAGGUCGCAAACUGAGUAUCAGUUUGGCUGUGUACAACGACGAGGAUGCGAACGAUCUCAGCGAUCUUGGAAUUGGUACCAGCAGCGGCAAGAGCUCGGUUAGCGGCGAUACGCAUGAUGACACGCACAGUGUUCUGAGUGACAGGGACAGUGAGAUCGAGAAGAGUCAUUCGGACGUGGACAACAUUACUGAUGUUUCAUCCACGACGACGAUUUCUACAACGUUGCCGACAACAGUAACGACAAUCGCGACCACAUCAGGAAUAGCAACGAUCGCAACAGCGACAACAAUGGCGAUGACGACGGCAGAAGCUACCGCAGUGAUACCGACGGCAACUACGACAAUAACGACGUCCACCCCGACGAGGAAACUAUUCAGUGGUUUUCACGGCAGUCACAGUCAUAAUCAGGAGUACGAUUCCGCUACCACCGCGACAGUGAGCUCACCUGAACCGGAAGAAUACACGUACGAAGGCGCCAUUCGCGGUUACGUCUCGAGAGUCUCGCAAAAUAUACCUAGAAGAUCUUUAACCGGGAUCGAUUCCAAGUUAGAGACGACCAAGUCGUCAAUGAACGGUUCCAAGACGAACUUGAACGAUGACAGCAGUAAAUCAUCUCUAUCAGUGGUAAAGGUGGAUAUACUCAAAAGACGCGAAGUAUUCGAGAAGGCGUCACAGAAAAAUAAUGACAACAAGACAAACAACAGGUUAUCCGGUGACUUUACUGGCACGAAAUCGAUUAAAGAGAGGCUAUCGAGUCUUGAGAGGCAAAAAUACGAGACUGAGAACGGCGACAAAACGACCAACAAGACGCUUAAUCGACUGUCCGGUGACAUGAGUUCGAUCCGGGAGAGGCUCACCCAUUUAGAGAAACAAGCUUCGGAGCGAGAGAACAAAAGUUCCGUUCACCGCAAGCUUAGCACGGAAGAUCUGGAGACGGUAAGGCCUCUUAGGGAAAGGCUAUCUACUCUAGAAAAAUAUAGUAGCAGCGAUGAGUCUUCGGUACCGACCACGACAAAUGAGUCGCGCUCGCGCAAUGGCGAGUUAACCACUAGGACGAUCAAGGAUCGCUUCAAUACAUUCAACGACGUCGGUAGAAAUAAGGACGUGGCAGACAAACGUGGACCCGCGCAUGUCGGCAAACAUCCACUUUGUUUUCGAGAUCAGGAAAAUAGGGUUGAUACGUCAACACCCAGCGAGAGGAGCUCGUCGCCCGAUUCGGAGUACCGUAUACCUCGUGCCGUCUUCCAUAGGAGCCUAGAUUCCCUGGAUGCCGACGCUUCUAGUGGACCUGAUACUUUUGAGCGUGUGCAGAGUCUCGAGGAGCUCGACUACGGACGGCGAUAUCCUGCCUCGUCAUCGUCCGCGGAACUCCUGAACGAUACGGAUCGUGAGGACUCGGGUAUUCACACCGCGGAUGUGAGCUGCUCCGUCAGUCAGGCGGACGAACCGAUUGACGAGGAGAUCGCGCAUCAUACCGGCGGCGCAAUCGUCGAACCGAGACGAGAAGUUAUUGUUGAAGAGAGGAUCAAGCUACUUCCAUCAUCUGUUAGUUCCAUGAUCCAGGAGGACGCGCCGAACAUGACUGUUGAAGCGUCGAGUGAUACCACGACAGCCACCCACUUGCAGUUUACCAGUUCCCGGGAGGCAGUAGCGGUGAACAAGGGUACUGCUGACAGCUCUGGAAAACUAUCGACUAACAAAUCACAGCCGCACGUAGAGACCACUACUAAUCCUAAUACAUCUUGCUCGUAUACCUUGGUGUCUCACGCGAUCACUCAUCCGAUUUCCAAGGUACCUCCGCGAGAAAUAGUCUCCGAAAGCUUCUCGAAAUCGCAGACAUUCGGCAAAGACGCGGCCGAACUCAAGGCAGAUUCCGAACCGAGUCUCAACGAAUCUGUAGUAUCGGCCAGUCUGAAACUUUCUAUCGAGCAAGCGAUACCGAAAUUUAUUGGCCAAACGAAGCGGCAGAAUCUCAUCAAGGAACACUCCUCCUCCACCACUCUUCCAUCUCCGUCGUCCUCAGAUGUCGUUUUUAGCGCGGAAACUUAUCAAUUAUCCUUCCCCUCCGUCAAAACGAUGACGACUCCGACUGUUCCUUCUCUUGAAACCAAUCCUUCGUUUUCCAAACCCACGUCUUGCCGAACGAUAUCCAAAAUUCCGACUCCCCUUUCUCGCAAAAUUACCAAGUCCUCACCUUCCGACUCUGUCUUGAUCUCGUCCGCUCUCAAAACUUCGCCUUCGAAAGCGUCCAGCGCGAGUAACAAAUCCUCGACAAGUCAGACUUGCAGCCCGAUUCGGAGAACGUCCGAAACGGCUCUUCCUACUUGCGAGACUAUCGUCGAAUCCUCCUCUUCUCCGAGCCCAGCGGAACAACUCCCGGUACUUCCCUCCUCUCCUUCGUCGAGACUCAUCUCAGGAAACACGCGACGCCACGAGGAGAUGCUAUUACCUGCGGAACGACGUCGAACCGUGGUGGAAGUAUGCGAAAAGGUGGUGGUACCUCAGGGCAAGACUCCUACGACGCCGCCAGUGACGCCAUUCAUCACGGUGAAUCGCUUGAUAAACGCGGACAAGCAGGGUUCUGUGACCGAGGAACGGAUCGUUAUCGAGAAAACGGACCAAGAGGAGGCAACUGCGAACCGCCUAGUGGCUUCAGUAGUCGAACACGAGCAGCACGAAACGACGGAGACGUCGAUCAGUGUCGAGAUGUCCGCCACUACCAUCAGCACUAACACCGUCACCACGAAAAAGUGCCUCGUCGAUAGUGAUGUGCACGAUACGUCUUCUAUUGCUACAAUUGUUAAGUCGACAGUCGAUCAUCCACUGGAACGAUCAGCGAAUCUGGAUUUAACAAAACAAGAAGUUGGUCUGGUCGAUACGUUGUGUAUCUCGAAUCCAGCCUCACCGAUUUCCAAACAAAUUCCGCCGCUUACUUUAUCUAAUGAUGAGGAAAUAAUUGCUGAUCAAUCUUUCCUUCUGAAUCCACCAACCAGCGUGGAGCCCCCAAAAGAAAAACCACCACCACCUCCAGUAGACGAUGAUGAGAAUCCUUCGCCAGAGCCGCUCAAAAGAUUAAACUCUACUCGCAGAAUAAAGAAAGAGUUACGCACAAGGCGGUCGGAUUUUCUCGGUAUUGAAGGGCAGGUCAACGACGACGAUCUCGAGCCUGAGUUGACGUUGACGAAACCACCUGAUAUGGCGGCGAUUCUCGCUGAGGAGAGGCGCAUCGAGCAACUUCAUCGUCGCUCCUACGACACUGACAGUAACUAUGAGCAAGAUUCGAGUCACGAAAGAGACUCUGGAGUCGAGUUGGGCCACGUCGAGGACUGGACAAAACAACCCGUUAGCCCCGACAUGUCGCAGCACAGUAGACAGAGCAGCGAGCCUUUCGGCGCCAGUGUGACCUCCUCCGAAGAAGAUGAGAUCACAAAAAAGGAGCGCGAGAUUAUGGAGGUUCUCGAGAAAGAAGAACAGUGGCGAUACGGCGAUAUUCGCGAGUAUAACAGUGACUUAGGGGAAAGGCUGGCUCACAAAUUGCGCGAACUGGAGGAAGAGAAGAUGCAGCUGGAGAGAGAGGCAAUACUACGCUGUAACGAGGACGCGUUUCGCAAGAAGGACGACAACGCACGCAAGCAGGAAGAUGCUUCCUCGCAUGAGCAACAGCAACAGCAACACGAUGAGACAGCGAAACAGCGGGAGAUCCAAGCGCGAACGAAAGAAGAGGUGGAGAAGGAGGAAGCGAAGUACAUUGGGGACAAGCGAAAGGACGGGGAACUCAAGAUGCAGUCGGAACAGCUGAGAAUGCAGAACGAGAUCGAAGAGAAAGAACGAAGAGUUGCCGAUGCGUGUCGCAAGGAAGAAUUGCGCAUUCGAACGAUGGAAAGUCAAAUUCGCGAGCAAGAGAACAAAGCAUUGGUCGGUGCUGGGUUGCGCAACAACGAAGAUGAAUUCCCUUCCGGGGAAGUGCUGCGAGUAGAAAGGGAGCUUCUGCAAUUGGAGCAGGAAGAAUUAAAAAGGCAACGAAAUAAUUUGGCUUAUCAUGAGCAAAAACAACUUAGAUUAGCGGAACAGUUACAGGAACAAUGGAAAUCCUUGCAAGACGUUGCGCAGAAUUCUAUUAAGAAUACGCAACAAUAUAAAUAUCAUACGCCUACAAUGAAUUAUAGAUCUUCGAUGCCAAAUUUACAGUUUCAAGACCUGCCAAGAAGGAGACCACCACCGCCGCCGCCGAUUCCGCUUACUAAACCACGUAUAUUAGAUCAAAGACAAAGAGACGUUACCAUCAGAAACAGCCGUAUACCGUCCGCGGACUCGAUCCCCCAACAAGUAGAUGCAUCGAUUCGAGAGAACGCAUCGACAACGAUGCUCGCGAAUCAUGCUGGUCAGCAAAUGUCCAGGCAAACCUUACAGGCGUUAAGCGCAGUACCGCGACCACGAAUUGUCCAAGGUGAUCAAUGGGUUCAACGGAGGAAAAGUGACGUACCGAGAGGCGCUUAUGAUGUAAAUUAUCAACAUUGGCUCAUUCAAGAAGCAGAACAAAGGAGGAUUAAUGAGAGAAAUCAACGAUCGCCGGCGCGGAAAUCUCAACCGCACGUAACUGGCACCUCCAUACUAUAUAAUGCUCCAACUCGAACGGAUAGCAAACCGCUACCUGAUUCUAUCAUACAAACUCUAACUCAAAGAGUACAAAAUAAGACGCAAGAGAAACCUCUUUCAACAAGAAAAAGAUCAGAACAAGUUCACACUCAAGAGCACUUGACGACUGUACAACAUCAAUCGCCACAGUACACGUUACAAUCUCAAAAAACACAUAAUUCCCCAAUCACGAGUAACAAUGGGAAUCAAGAAAAAAUGCUAAGCGUGAGCGGGAAGAAAAAGUGUUCUCAUUGUGGAGAGGAACUAGGUCGUGGCGCCGCAAUGAUAAUCGAAAGUUUACGAUUGUUUUAUCAUAUGGAGUGCUUCAAAUGUUGUGUAUGCCACGUACGUCUCGGUGAUGGAUUAAUGGGUACGGACGUGCGCGUCCGAAAUCAUAAGCUCCACUGCCAUAAUUGUUACUCCAGUGACGACGGUGUCAAGUUCAGUUGUGUGUAGAAGCCUGGUGUAAACGAAAUUAUGCUGAUUAAUUUGAUGAUUGUAAUGCUUUUUGGUUAAACCGUAUGAUUUUUAUAAUCUCAACCAUUCAGUUACCCUUGCUUAAAAAAUAUUACUGGAUACGAACGAUAUAUAAAUAAAUGUGCAUAAAUGUAAUUUUGGCAGUUUGAGAUAAAAAAAUGAUACUGUGUCCGCCGAUUAGAUAUAUAUAUAUAUAUAUAUAUAUAUAUAUAUAUAUAUAUAUAUAUAUAUAUAUAAUUUUUGUUUUUAUUUCAAGAUAAUGAGUUCUCACACAUAUGUAUGCAAUCGUUUCUAUCAAUUAACACGAAUCAUACAUGAAGGAUGUAUAUAAGAUGUAUUUAUGUAAUUAGUGUAGAGGUAAGAAAUUGUAGGUGUUAAGACGAUUCAAUGUAAUUGGCGUUCAUUUCGCGACGCUGUAUAUUUUUGUAAUAUAUAUAAUUCUCGUAUUCUCUAUUUAUACCAGGUAAUUUACACCGUAUAUUCGAAUAACAGAACAAUGCGCGAUUGUUUUCUCAAUCGGAAGAAUAAUACGAAAUCGAGUUUCUGUUGAAAUAAUAAAAUCUAAUUGAUUCUACAUUCAACAGUCGAUAAUUGCAAAUAGUGGCGUAUGCAGGUCCAUUUUAUAACGUAUUAACAUCACAAUACAAGCUUGAAUAUUCUCCGAUCGUUGAAAAUAAUAAUUUAAAUUGAUUUUUUUACGAGUGUUUAUUGCCAUUAUUUUUGAAACGUAGUUUUUUUAUUUAAAUAACUCUUGUAUGUAUUCGUGUUGUUAAAAUAAGGAAUGGUCUUUAUAUAUCUAUAAACCAAACUUUUUUUUCAAAGUUUCCUGCAAAAUCCGCCACUGUUUACAGACCAAAGCACGAUUCGUACAGGAUUGCGCGUUUAAAUGAAAGCAACACAACUCAAACUGAAUCGUUUCCCAUAAUCGUACCCACAAAAUCAUGCCGAAGACGUGUUGCAUUGUGAAAUAUUGUAACAUAUGCAUCUCGUAUUAACGCAAUUUUAUAUUAUUGAAGAAAAUAAAUUAAGCACAGGUAAAAUUUUUUUCCUAUUUUUUUCCCUUCGUCGAAGACACAUUUCUUACCUGAUAUUUUAUCUGUAGAUUGUUCUACAUAUCAAUUGUAUAUGACAUUUAAUGUGUUUUAACGAGCAUCCGACACUUUAAAGAGAUAUUCACAAUAAUCUUUAGCAUAAAAUUAUAUAAAAUUUAUUUCUCAACAAGAAAAUUGCGAAAGCAGAAUACAUAGCGAUUCGAACACAAUCGUCGCGUUGACAUUUUGUAAAAUCGCUGCCAUUUGAAAUCUAUCAAUUCUCAUACUAUCGACAAAGGUGUGUGUAUGUGAAUGUAUUAAUUUAAAAAAAAAUUGAUAUAAUUAAUUAUAAAAUAACAAUACAUACGUAGAUGAUCAUCCAGCA